AUGGCGAGCAAGAACGGCGAAGAUACCCUUAAAAGCAGAAAAUCUAAGCCCUGUCUCGUCUGAAGGAAGGAUCUCGCCGGUAACACGACUCUUCCGCUUUCUCCCAAGGGACUGCAGCAUCCACGCGUAAUGUGCUUGUCUCCGCUCCCCUCCGCCCUCCCAUGGUCCCCACUCCGAGAGGUUUGGAACUGGCGCUUGCGAGAGUUUGCUCUCACUUCGUGUCUCCUUUCCUUUGAGCGUUUCACAGCAAGGUUACUGCAACCCCGCACUGUCAGCAGAGCGGGCGGGUAACAGGGAACCUCCCCCGGGAAGGAGCUGUCGCAGAACCGCCCUGUUCCCACUGAAGGAAGCCGUGGAGAGGACCCAGCGACCGCGAGUGGAAGAAGGGGAUCUGUUUCCCUGUUUCGACUUCGCCCCCUGCACACAGUCCCUGUAAGAGUUACAUGAUCAGUCUGAGAACCCGCUUCCCGGGUGUUUUGUCUACAAGAGAGGUUUAGAUUUAUUUGGUUGUAAGGUAUGAAUAGAACGGCAUGUGAAUAGAGCAUGUUUUCGGAAACACUUCAUUUAGACCUCAAGGUUUCUAACAGGAACACGGAUCACGGUGAUUUUGGGAGCUGUCAAAUACAUUCAGUACAUUUCAGGGCAUUAUAGUUUCACUUGGAAAAGAACUGUGAAUGAUUAGUUGGUGUCACAUUGUAAAGAAAACUACAUGCACUUCUCCUGAACUAGUACAGUGAAAAGCGUUGCAGGUGAGUACUCGGCAACAACCUCCAACAGAAGUACGUGGAAUGGAAAAUGGCAAACCCAGAGCUAAUCAAGGGCGAUAUGCAGAGCACGGUAAGAGGCAAUAUCUACAGACUGCCACAUGAUGCCGCUCUGACCUAAUAAACGCACGAUGAAAACGGGGGAGGAAGAGGGGAACACCCUCCGGUACCCGUGAGAAAUAACUCAGAUGACAGAGAGAGCCGCAAGGAAGAGGACGCGCCGCCAUUGAAAGAGGAUCCUAAUACCGAGCGCAGCCAGAACCUCUCAAUAUACGCAUCAGUACCUACAUGGUGGAGAGAAGAGGAAAUCGGUGACAGCAAUGGGCGUUUGCGGAACUACACGGCUGAGGUGGGGGCCCGUGGUGCGGGUGCUGGUGCUGCAGGCGGCCUGGGCGCUGGGCGGCGGGCAGGUGCGCUACUCGGUGCCGGAGGAAGCCAAGGGCGGCACGGUGGUGGGGCGGCUGGCGCAGGACCUGGGCCUGGAGGCGGGCGAGGCGGAGGCGCGGCCGCUGCGGCUGGUGUCGCAGGGCCGGCGGGCGAGCGUGGAGGUGAGCGGGGCGAGCGGGGCGCUGGUGGUGAGCUCGCGGCUGGACCGGGAGGAGCUGUGCGGGAAGAGCGCGCCCUGCGCCCUGCGCCUGGAGGUGCUGCUGGAGCGGCCGCUGCGCGUCUUCCACGUGGAGGUGGAGGUCACCGACAUCAACGACAAUGCCCCGCUCUUCCCCGCCGCCACCAAAAACCUCAGCAUCGCGGAAUUAACGACGUUGCCGGGGUCCCGCUUUCCGCUGGAGGGCGCGUCGGAUGCAGAUAUCGGAGCCAACGCGCAGCUCUCCUAUACCCUCAGCCCCAGCGAGCACUUCGCUCUGGAUUUGCAGCGGAGUGGUGAAUAUCGAGAGUCGUUAUUCUUGGUGCUGACGAAAGGUCUGGACCGCGAGUCUCUGGCCGAGCACCGUCUGGUGCUGACGGCGAGUGACGGGGGCAGGCCGUCGCUGACGGGCACGGUGGAGCUGGUGGUGUCGGUGCUGGAUGUGAACGAUAACGCGCCCCAGUUCAACCAGUCGGUGUAUAAAGUGCAGGUACUGGAGAGCGCAGCGGAGGGAACGUUGGUGGCGCGGGUGAGUGCUACAGACCCAGACGAGGGAAUCAACAGUGAAAUAACGUUCAGUAGAAGCAAUACCUUUCCAUCCGGAGGAUUAAACCUGUUCGAAUUAAACCUGCAGUCGGGGGAGAUCCGUCUCCAGGGCCCCCUGGACUUUGAAGAAGUGCGCGUCUACGAAUUACAAAUCGAAGCGAGAGACAAGGGGACGCCCCCGUUGUCGGGGCACUGCAGGGUGGUGGUGGAGGUGUUGGACGUGAACGACAACGCGCCCGAGGUGUGGGUGACGUCGCUGUCGGUGCCGGUGGCCGAGGACGCGUCGUUGGGGACGGUGGUGGCGCUGCUGAGCGUGUCGGACCGGGACUCGGGGUCGAACGGGCGGGUGCGGUGCGCGGUGUGGCCGCCGUCGCCGUUCGGGCUGGUGGCGACGUUCGCGGGCUCGUACUCGCUGGUGCUGCGGGAGGCGCUGGACCGGGAGCGGGUGUCGGAGUACGAGGUGGAGGUGCGGGCGGAGGACGGCGGGGCGCCGCCGCUGCGCGCCAGCCGCGGGCUGCGGGUGCCGGUGUCGGACGUGAACGACAACGCGCCGGCGUUCGCGCAGGCCGUGUACACGGUGCUGGCGCGGGAGAACAACGCGGCGGGCGCGGAGCUGGCGCGGCUGUGGGCGCGGGACCCGGACGAGGCGGGCAACGGGCGCGUGAGCUACUCGGUGGCGGAGGGCGGCGCGGGCGCGGGGUCGGGGUCGGGGUCGGGGUCGGGGUGGCGUCCGGCGUCGAGCUACGUGUCGGUGGACGCGGAGAGCGGGCGGCUGUGGGCGCUGCAGCCCCUGGACUACGAGGAGCUGCAGGUGCUGCAGUUCGAGGUGCGGGCGGUGGACGCGGGCGAGCCGCCGCUGUGCGGCAACGCCACGGUGCAGCUCUUCGUGGUGGACGAGAACGACAACGCGCCGGCGCUGCUCCCGCCUGCCGGCGGCGGGCCGGGGCCCUGGGCUGCGGGCGAGGCGUCGGCGUCGGCGUCGGCGCCGGGGUCGCUGUGGGCGUGGGCGGCGUGGGGGGCGCCGGCGGGGCAGGUGGUGGCGAAGAUCCGCGCGGUGGACGCGGACUCGGGCUACAACGCGUGGCUGCGCUACGAGCUGUGGGAGCCGCGGGGCAAGGGCCCGUUCCGCGUGGGGCUGUACAGCGGCGAGGUGAGCACGGCGCGGGCGCUGGAGGAGGCGGACGGCCCGCGGCAGCGGCUGCUGAUCGUGGUGCGGGACCACGGGGAGCCGUCGCGCUCGGCCACGGCCACGCUGAGCGUGUCGCUGGUGGAGGGCGCCGAGGCGGCGCUGGCGGCGGCGGGGGCGGUGUCGGCGGGGGCGGGGCUGCGGCCGGCGUCGGGCGCGGAGGGCGGCGCGGCGGCGGCGGCGGCGGCGGCGGCGGCGGCGGCGGCGACGAACGUGUGGCUGGUGGUGGCCAUCUGCGCGGUGUCGAGCCUGUUCCUGCUGGCGGUGGUGCUGUACGGGGCGUCGCGCUGGGCGCCGCGGGCGGCCGUGCUGUCGGGGCCCGGUCCGGCGACGCUGGUGUGCGCCAGCGAGGUGGGCAGCUGGUCGUACUCGCAGCGCCAGAGCCGGAGCCUGUGCGUGGCGGACGGCGCGGGCAAGAGCGACCUGAUGGUUUUCAGCCCCAACUGCCCGCCGCCGCCCGGCCCCGUGCCGAAGGAGACGCCGCAGGAGCCGCCUGCUCGCCUGGACACGGUCAGUGCCACUCGCCCUCCUCUCACCCCUUAAUCUUUCUCCGUUUUCCUCGCCCUUUAAAAUCUUUUCCUCGCUCUCUUCUGCUCCUUCUUCGUUCCCGCUCGCAGCCGCCCCCUCGAAGCAACUGUGGCAGCCGGGCACAGUACCCGGUCCCGCGACCGCUUGGUGCUUGUCAGGUGCUCGAGCUGCGAGUGCCGACAGCGCUGUGGCCUGGGUCUAUGCCCCAGCACGGGUCCUGCCAAGGGCUGUUGUACUCGGAGCCCUGCUCCUGCUGCCAGGACAGGGCCCUUCUGGAAACCUCUUGUGCUCUACAGGGUCAGCUGUGAAGCCAUUUCUUCACGCGUUAUGUCUGAUACCUAUGGUACCUGAAUAUUGAUGUCUUUCCUUCUCACACACUGUUACAAAGGGACAUGGUGCAGGUGAGCACCGCUGGUGUCUGUUCAACUUGUUCUAGUUGUGGCCAUGUAUGCCAGGUCCUAUUAUUGUGCUACUGUCUGUAAUCAGCUGAUGAUGGCAUUGGCAUCUCUGUAUUUGUGUCUCCAAGAUCUCCUCAUCUCCUGCUUUCGAACAUCUUAUUGAGGCUAGCUGUUCAGUAUCUGAGUUUUUCUCACAGAGAAUGAAAUCAAUGCCGAUUUUCAUUAGAUCUGUCACAACAUGGUCUCUGCAUGUCCUGUUGGUUACCGGUUUGAAGCAUUUCUGCUCGAGAAUGUUGAAGGACUGCAGGCCAAGAAGAGUUGAUGUGGUGGUGACUGUGCAGCAGGCACUAUUGAAAGCUAUUUAAGUAGCUGAAUGACAAGCCUGCUGUUGUCGAUUUUUUGUGUAUUGUUUUUCUUCUUGUUGAGAACUUUGUGUGUUUUUACUGUCCUGUCAAGAAGAGAUGACGAAGGUGACACUUGGGUCUUUGGGCUUUUCUGACUGUGGAUUUGUAUUCCUCGUUAGGGAAGUGGCAUGUCACACAUUACAAAGAGUCUGUGAGACAUUGUUGAUUUGGUAUCAUUGGAAUAUUUUGCAUUUUUGUAGCUGUGAUUGAUGGGAAAGGUCCGUGAAAUCUGAAGUGAUCCAUGGGGGUGGGAAGGGAAAUCAUGUAAUCAGGUGGAGGUGAAUGUGGCCAUGGCAGUGAAUGGGACCUGGUCAUUUCCUGAUGUGAACCAUGAACUUGAAAAGGAAAUCAAGUCUGCAUUGCAUGUCAUAACACACGAUGGAGAGAUGCCUACUUGUGUUAAGAACACACAUCUCAGUGGCAGAUCAUGGGUGCCUAAAGCAAAUCCUGAGGCAGAAUGUUGCCGGAGUGUUGCUGUGGAAUACCCUUUCCCAGACUCCAAGAGACAUGAUUUGAAGGUCUUCCUUAACUUGAGACAGUAUGUGGUGUUGAAAUGGUCUGGAUGUCAUUUGAGGCAUAUUGCCUUUCAUUAGUUGUGAAUCCCUCUUUCUCCUCUGGAACAUGUUGAAUGAGAAGGAAAAGCUUCAGGCAUCACAGAGAAGUGGACUAGGAAGUGGAGGGGGAUGUGUUGUCCUCGUGUGGAGGGCUGGAGUUGCGUUAGAUGAGGUUGCAGAGGGCAUGUCUUGUGCAGGUCAGAAUAUGUCAGGGGAAGGCAUUUUGACUCUCUCCCUAUCCUGCUGUUGCAUGGCUUCCGUGUAGAGUUGCAGUUGCUUGUGAUCACCAUGUCUCCACUCUCUGCAAGCCAUGCUUGUGUCCCCCAUCUCUUUUUAUGCUCUUUGAAAAUAUACCGACUUUUUCACCCUCUUUACCACCAGAAAGUAGUUUGUAAAGGGAAAGAUGCAUCUGAAACCAUGUUAUACUUUUUCCCUUUAUGAGUAUGCCACUAGUGUGCUUUGCAAUACAGAGGUAGAAGAGCACAGCCAGAGGUCAGGGCAAGAAAGAAGCUGGUUUGAUGCAUAAGCCGAGGUGUUUUGUUUGAGGAUGGCUUCAGAGGAUCUGACUGUGCCAGUUGUAUGCAUUCUGCAGUGACUGGCGUCGGUUGUGUCCUUGGAGUGCUGGUAAAUGUGGCGUGAUUGUUUCCUUGUGCCCAGCUCAUGCUCAUUACAGCUGGAUGCAGUUGGUGGGUUGUCUGAUGCUCAUGAUACACCAAUGUUGGAGUCUUGCUCCUUCACACACAGAGCUGGUAAUGGAACAUGAGAUAGGGGAGUACCUUUGGUGUUUGCUCAACUCGUUCUUCUUGUAUUCUACUGCUGUUGGUUUUAUGGACUUACAAUCCCCUUAUGUGUAAUCCUUUUAUUAUUAUUAUUUUUCUUUUUUAAUUUUCACAUGUCUGUUGGCGUGCAUCGAAGAGGUCCUCAGCUCCUGGUUUGGAACAUCUUACUGAGGCUAGUUUUUCAGUAUCUGAGGUUUUCUCUGACAGAAUAAAAUCAAUGCCGAUUUUGCUUCGAGCUGUCAUGACAUGAGCUCCACAAACGCUGUUUCUUUCUGUUGUGCAGCAUUUACACCUGAGACUGCUGAAUGAGUGCAAGACAUGAAGGGUGGUGAUGGUGGUCCUGCAGGCACUAUUCUUUGUCAUUCAGUGUGCCCUUGAAACCUUUCUAAUGAAAAUGUCUUUGGUUGGUUGGUUGUUGUUUUUUUUGGUUGGGGACCUUGUGAAAUCUUCUUGCUAUGUGUGGUUCCAGAAGGAUGCCUGAAACUGUAGAGCUGCUGGAGUUGUGAUGUUGGCACAUUACUCAGAAAUGCAUUCCAUGGAGGCACAUGAAACAGCUGUACUCUCAUCUUUGCCUGAUUGUGGCCUUUUGUUCCUGACCAGAGAAAUGGUUUGACAUACGGUGUCCUGAUUUCAUGUGCUUUCAACAUUGGCAUUCACAGCCACCCCCUUCAGAAGCCCCAGAACUCUUCAUUGAAAGAAGACGUAACACAUACAUGCAUAGAGUUGAUGUUAUCCAUAAGAGUGCUUUGCUUGUCAACAUCUGGGGUGUUCUUUCACAAAAUGAAAUGAGCACCCAUUGCCUUUUGGGCUGUCACACCAUCACCUUUAGAAAUAGUGUCCCUCAUUCACCUGUAAUGUUUGCAUCUGAGAUUGCUGAAGCACAGAAAACUGGAAGGGUCAGCUGCAGAGGGUGUGCUGGAGACAGCGUCUAUGUGAUCCUGUUUGUAUGCUUCUCUGUGGUGCUUUCAUUGAUGGGAAGGUUCUGCAAAAGCUGGAGUCAGCCUUGGGGUGUGGCGAGCAAGUGUGGUAUCUGGUGGAGGUGAACAUGUCAGUGGCACUGAGUAGGACUGGGCCAUUUUGGAUGUUCCCAGGGUGAUCUUGAGCAGGGUGAUCUUGCCUUGUGUUUGCUUGCAACUUGCUGGAAGUUGAUAUUUUCCUGGGACGAUCUCCCUUUUUGCAGUGGAAGUGAAUGCUGAGCACCUUAAGGAACCUCAUGCUGAAGGUGACACGUGGACGUCCGUGGUUCCCUUGCUGAGAGCAGGACGAACACUGCAUUUCGAUGAGGCUGGUCAGGGCCUCAUCCCGUCAAGGUCUGUCUGUCUCCAAGGAAGGCUAUUUGUGUCAAUCCCUGGCCCGGGGUUCCAGGGCCUCCCCAGGUUCUGUGUGGAGUUUUGUUGUUGUCUGCCCACUUGGUUUUCCUUCAUGUCACUCUUCUGUACCAUAGGCUUGGAUUUGCAGCAGUCUGGCAGAUGGCCUUUGACUCCUGUGUUCCUAAGCAUGAGGAGUGGCGGCUCCAGCAGGAGCUGCUGUAAACAUUGUCCAUCGGUCCAGCUUUCUCCGUUUCACUCUGAGAUUGCUGAGCCAGUGAAAAACCUUGCGAGUGCCGUUUGUGCAGGGGGGAAGGGCCUGGCAGUGGUGGGAGAAGGCGAGGCUCUGCAGAGGGUGAUGCUCAGAGGUGGGUUUGGAGCUGGAUUGUUUCGGUGGUGUGGAGCAUUGUUCAGGUGUUGUAGCAGUGAUUUUGUGAGCGGCACGGAGAAGGGGUGGCCAUUCAAUUGUGGGGAGGGUGGUACUGAGCAGGAAAUGUGUGUGGAAAGGGGUUGGAACCAGAGUGUGGCAUUGGCCAAGAAGUGUGGAGAAUGGAAAGAUGUGGUCUCUGUGUUUAUGAUGUUGGAAAAGGUUGUGUUUCAAUGAAGGGGAAUGGGAUCCUUUGGUUUUCUUCUCUCCUGCGUGACAGCUUCCCGUGUGAUAGCUGUGUGUCAUGGAGCACCUCACACUCUCCCAUGACUGGGGAGCUUUUGAUGAGCUUGAUGAUUUCUGUUCAGUCCAGCUUCCCUAGAAAUCACUGAAGAUUUUGAAUGAAAACUUCUAAUUUAAGCCAAUUUUCCAUGCAUGAAUCUAUUCCUUUUUCUGAGCAAGCAACCACUGAUGCUGCCUGUAAGUUGUUCACAUGCAAAAAAAAUAUGUUUGAGAGACAGAUGUAUGUAUUUUUUGCUGUUAAAAAAAAAAUAGUGAAAGACUCACCUGAGCUAUAUGGAGGUCUUGGAAACUGUUUGCAGUUGGCAUCCAGGUCGUCUGGUGUGCAAUGGCUCAUCAGAGAAAUUCCUGGGGAGACAUGGUCCUCAUGACUGCUAAGGGAUGCCGUACAGAGCAGAAUGGAAGGUGGUGACGAAGAGGAAGAAGACGUCUUGCCUCGGAGCAUGUCUGAGCUAGAUUGGAAGAGUGGUGCAGGCAUUUGGAAAGCAUUUUGACAAAGGAGGAAAAAAGAUGAAGAGGAGGAAGAAGAAAAGGAAAAGGAGAGAGGAGAGGAAGAGAAGCAGAUGGAUAGAAGGAGUGAAGGAAAGGAAGGAAGCAUGAAGAAUCUGUAGGAUGGAUGAAAGAAGUAAGAGAAAAGGAAAUAAAGAACUGAAAGGAUGAAAGAAGGAACUGGAAGACAGGUAGAGAACAAAUGAAGAAAGAAUCUGAGAGAAAGAAAGACAGAAGGAAGAAGUCGAGAAGAAUGCAAGCAAGCAAGAA